AAAUAUCGUGUUGCGCACGCGCAUCUAGUUCGCUUGAUGUUGUCAAGUAUGGAGAACUACACCAUUAAGGAACAGAUCGGCAAAGGUGCACAAGCUAUUGUUUACAUCGUUGAAAGACAGCAGGAUAAGAAACUUUUUGUUUUGAAAAAGGUUGAGUGCUUUGAUGAGAGUGAGGCUAACAAAGCCUUCAAAGAGGCAACAAUCUUACAGAACCUCCAGCAUGUUUACGUAUCGGGGUAUAAUGAGUUCUUUGUGCUCUGGGAACAGCAGGAUUCUUCUGUCUACAUCUGCAUAUUAAUGGACUACUUUCCAAAUGGCACAUUGGAGGACAUCCUGACUGAAUACAGAGGAAAAAAGGAAGUUAUCGAAGAACAGAAAAUCAAGUUCUGGCUGGGGCAGAUUAUUGAAGGUUUGGUGUAUGUGCACAAGAAAAACAUCAUACACAGGGAUGUCAGGCCUACUAAUUUAUUCAUGAAGGAAGACCACACUCUGUGUCUCGGAGAUUUUGGUGUCAACACAAUUAUGGGCGAUGCAGUAACAUGCACGCGGGCAAAUGCAGAGUUCAAAGGCAUAUUUUACAGGCCUCCAAGAUUUAGUCAGGAUGCCUCCAUGAAUUACAUGGCUCCCGAGGCAGCCAGCGAGGGCUACACAGAGAAGAGUGACAUGUGGUCCCUGGGCUGUGUCCUAUUUGAGCUUGUAACAGCGUUGCUAUACAGCCAGAAAGAGGCUAUCGAUAAACUGCAGGAGAUUCGCAAAAAUCCAGACGUUUUGGAUUAUGUUUUUGAGGAAAUUUCAAAGCACUACAGCGAUGCCCUCAUUCAGGUGUUGAAGGCCAUGCUGAAGGUCAAGAGCCAACAGAGGACUACCGCCAUAAGCCUGUUGAGCAACAAGUACAUACAGGCGUGCGUUGAGAUGAGCGACUCCACACAGCUAGAGAAACGCAAGAGAAUCCAGUCAGCCUCCACGAAGAAAUCAGAAAUAGUUUCUGUAAAAUCAUCAGCAGAGGAUGGUAGAUGGCCAGUUCCCCGAGGGCAGGGCAUUUUCAAGGUACUCGAGUACAUCGCUAGCCUGGUAGACUAUGAGGGAUGUGUGAGGGGGGCACUGGAGUAUCUUCUGGAGCUUGCCAAGUCUGAAGACGGACUCAGUCUGGACCCAAGAGGGAAGAAACUGAUAGCAAUGGCAAUGAAGAACAACAUGGUUGACCGGGACAUCCAGAUCCAUGGCUGCAAUGUGCUCAACAGCCUUGUCAUUGGUGCUGACCACAAUGAUGCGCUGUUCUUACCGGAAGUCAUAGCAGUGAUUCCUGUGGCCAUGGAGAAUCACAAAAACGACCUAGAUGUACAGGUUGCAGCCUUGUCAUUUCUUGUGUCGCUGGCAGCAAAUGGUGCUGCUGGAGAGGUGAUAGGCCAGCUGGGUGGGGUACAGGACAUCCUGGAGGCCCUCAAGACACACGCUAGCAGCUCCAAACUGUGCAGUGUGGGACUCAAUGCUCUCUGGGGACUCAGCGUACAUGGUAACAACGUGAAGCUUGCAACGGAGGGCAAGGGUAUCGAGCAGGUGUGUAACGUCCUCAAGAUUCACAUGAACUCUUCAGUGGUGGUCGAGGCAGCGUGUGCCUCCAUACUGGCUCUCUCUCUUGAUGAGGAAAACAUUGCGGUGAUAUGUGACAAGGACGGUGUGGGGCUGUUGAUUUCAGCCAUCAGUUCUCACGCUAACAAUGCCAAGGUUGUCAAAAAUGCAUGCUUGGCUCUAGCUAGUCUUGUAGAAAUUGAUGAGGAGUCGGCCUACCGAGUGCUGACAAACGAAGGCCCCAACAACACUCACAUAUGUGGGGUACCGGUCAUCAUGAGCACCUAUGAGCUGCACAAGGACAAUGCUGACGUUGUGGAGAGUGUGGUCACGCUGCUCAUGGAACUGGCCGAAUACGAUGACAUCCGAGCCGAAAUGAACCACCUUAAUAUUGGACCUGGAUUGUUGUCCGAAAUAUUUAAACGGUUUAAGGAGAAUGUGGACAUAAUGGGACCGUGUGAAAAAGCCCUGGAAAAACUAAGGAACGUGAAGAGACCAGUUGUCCCCCCUACUCCCUCUCCAGACAUGUUCAAAUCUCAUAUGCCAGUGGCAGCUGAGGCAUAAGGGGAGGGAACUCAAUUUUUUAGGGAAGAGAUCUGUUUUUUGAAAACAUUUUACACUUUUUCUGUGAUUUUAUUACUUCUGUUUGUAGAUGGGUGGAUUCAGUGUUAAGUUUGCAAAGUUCACAACAAAGUUAUUAUUUAUCCUUCUUAUACUAUUAAUCCAAUAUCUUCUAUACUGUUAUAAUUUGUGUCUGGCUCAUAUUUCACACCAAUCAAGAGAGAUUUAAUUAUUGAAUACUUUUCUAAAUUAAGUAUUUUAUAUUUUCUAAAAUCAUAUCAUCAGCUUUUGUAAUUGUUAAAUGAAUCUUUAACAGGAUCAUGAAUGUGAUUUAAAUAUUUAAGUGUAUUUUUAUUGUGACAAAAUUUACCGUCCUUUAAUUGCAACAUGUAUUUUGAAGUCUGUGAUACUCAGUAUUUGCUUUUAGUAUUUUUGUACAUUGAAUUUAGGGGCACUUAUUAAUUUUGUGCGCAAUAAAAGCUGAAAAAGAA